UUUUUUUUUAAAGAUGAAUUAAAUUAAAGAAAAAUGAUAAAAUGCCCAAGAAAAAUCCAGGUCCCAAGAUACCUAUUAUAUUCUACUCUAAGGAGAGGGUUGAGUAGUGGUGUUCCUCGAGACUCCUAUGAUGUUGUUGUGGUGGGUGGGGGGCACAAUGGGUUGGUUUCAGCAGCAUAUCUAGCUAAAGCAGGACUAAAGACUACUGUACUCGAGAGAAGACAUGUUGUAGGGGGAGCUGCAGUUACGGAGGAGAUAGUUCCUGGAUUCAAGUUCUCAAGAGCGUCCUACGUUCUCAGCCUUCUCCGUCCUCAAAUAUUUCAGGACCUGGAGCUAACCAAGCACGGACUCAAGGUUCAUCUCCGGGAUCCUAGUUCCUAUACUCCAAUCCGUCCUGAUCUUUUAAAGGACGGAGAUCCAACUUCCCUGACUCUAGGUUUGUGUGAGAAAAAGAAUAAGUUGGAGAUCUCUAAGUUCUCGGUUAAGGACGCAGAAAACUUCUCCAAGUAUGAAGAAGAGCUGGAGAAAUUUGUAGAGGCAGUAGAUCCACUUCUAGACUUCGCAGCCAUAGACAUGAAAACCUUCUCGAAAGCGUCUCUAUUCGAAAAAAUCGGUAUUCUUCGACAAAACCUUCAUCUGCUGAAGGCUGGUAAAACUGUUGGACCUGUCGCUGGAGAUUUCUACGAGCUAAUGACAGCUCCGACAACUAAGAUCCUGGAUAAAUGGUUUGAAUCUGAACCUUUAAAAGCAACUUUAGCUACGGACUCUUGUAUCGGAGCAAUGAUUAGUCCGGAUACUCCGGGAUCAGGAUACGUUCUGUUACAUCACGUGAUGGGUGAGCUGGAAGGGAUCAGGGGCGCCUGGGGAUAUCCUGAGGGAGGGAUGGGGGCAGUGUCAGGGGCUAUAGCUAAAUCAGCUCUAGCCGCAGGGGCGGAGAUCUAUACAAGUACAGAGGUUGAAAAGAUAACUACGAAUAGCAAGGGAGAAGCUAACGGAGUAAUUCUAGCAGAUGGUUCCCAGAUCAAAGCAAAACUUAUUUUGUCAAAUGCAACUCCGGAGAUUACUUUUAACAAGUUAAUGAAGGAGAGUUCUGAUGUACCCUGUGUAAUGUUACCUAAUUUCCUGGCGGAUCCUAACCAAGGAGAUGAACCUAUGCCACACCAUAGGUGUACUAUUCAUAUGAACUGUGAGGAGAGUGAAAUGAUAAAUGUUGCCUAUCAGGAUGCAGUGGAGGGAAGGUUUUCCAAAGCUCCGAUGAUUGAAAUGACUCUUCCGUCCUCCCUAGACAAAACUAUAUCUCCUCCAGGCAGCCAUGUUUGUUUGUUGUUUACCCAGUAUGCCCCGUACCAGCUUAAAGAUAGAGUCUGGGAUGAAGAAACUAAAGAAGAAUACGCAAACAUCGUCUUCGAUUCAAUAGAGCAAUAUGCUCCAGGAUUUAAAUCAAGUAUUGUUGGAAAAGAAGUUCUUCCUCCUCCAGAUUUGGAGAGAAUCUUCGGUCUUACAGGAGGCAACAUAUUCCAUGGUUCCAUGUCUCUUGAUCAGCUCUACCUUACCCGUCCUACUACUCAGGGUGUGUCUCCAGGUACCCCUGUACCCAACCUACUCAUCUGCGGGUCCGGAGCUCAUCCUGGGGGCGGAGUUAUGGGAGCACCAGGACGGAUUGCUGCCAAGGAUGCAGUAAAGAAACUAGGAGGAAAAUGGGAGUUUUCCUGAGAUUAGUUGAACUGAAGAUUUAGAAUUUACUAAAAAUAUAAAUUCAAAAUAAUAAAUAAAAUGGAGUUAGGUUAAA